GCCAUGGAGGAGGCGGCGGCGGCGGGCUGCGGGGCGCAGUUCCGCGCCGCCGUGCGGGUCAUCCAGGGGCUGCCGCGGAGCGGUUCGUACCGGCCCUCGUACGAGGAGAUGCUGCGUUUCUACAGCUACUACAAGCAGGCGACGGCGGGGCGCUGCCAGGGCCCGCGGCCCGGCUUCUGGGACCCCAUCGGCCGCUACAAGUGGGACGCCUGGCACAGCCUGGGGUGCAUGUCCAAGGAGGAGGCCAUGGCUGCCUAUGUGGCCGAGAUGAAGAAGGUGGCCCAGAAGGUCAUCGACACGGUGCCCAUGGACGAGGCGACGCAGGAGAUGUUCGAGUACUUCGAGCCGCUCUAUGAGGUGAUCCGUGAUAUGCCCCGGCCCCCUGAGGCCUUUUUCAAGAGGAAAGGGGGCAGUCAGGAGCAGGUGACUGACCCCAACGGGGACAGCCAGGAAGGGAGCCUGUCUCAGGAUCGCUUGGAGAAUGCUGUGCCUGAGGAGCAGAAGCGUGGGGAGCAAGUGGCAGGAGAUGGGCAGGCUCCUGCCACUGAAGCGCUUGAGGGUAGCCAGGUGACCAGUGACUCUGAGGGGGAAGUUUACUGUGAUACCUUGGAGCACAUGGAGCCUGACCAGGCUGGGCAGCUGCUGGCCAAGCAGGGUCUCUCCCUGAACGGCAUCCGGCCUGGGCCUGAGCCCCCGGUGCCCCGCGCCGCUAGGGAGGGAGAGCGGGGUGAAGGCAGAAGACUAGAGGGGAAGAGCAGCACAGGCCUUGGCUCUGAGAGAGAUCCGCAGCUCGCUGCGGGAGAGCAGGACGCCGAAGGUGACGCCGAGCUUGCCUGCACGAGCCGGGGGAUGCCGGAGCAGCUGGACGCACGGGUGGUGGGCGCCGUCCGAGCCCUGCAGGCCGACAUGCAGCGAGUGCUGGCGAGGCUGAGCCAGCUGGAAGCGCUCACCUCCGCGCAGGUGGACCUGUCUGAGGCCCAUCCCGACCAGCUGCUUACUCCGCAGGCAGCGUUCCCGUGGCCCCUGGCUGUGUCCCCUCACACCCUGCUCUUCCUCGUCACCUGGCCCUUCGUCGCCCAGUGGCUGCUGCGCCGCUUGCAGGGCAGGAAGAGGUGACCGCCCGUGGCCGAGCAGCCGUCCUGGCGCUCGCUCGUUAUGAGACCCGGCUCCGUCGUGCGACCGCCGCCCUCAGCCUGCCGAGCGGGUGCUGCCACUGAUAACUAGUGAUUCUGCUUAUCACGAGCCAGGCAAGAGCAAUCAGAUCAACGCAAGGAGGGAAGUACCUUCCCCCUUCCUCCCCCCACCCCCGGCAACUGGGCUGCUUUUAAGCGACUGUCCCAGGCCUGAGGGCUUGGCCGGCCGGAUGCGAGGCUGGAGCUGCCCGGAGCCCCUUUGCGCCCGCCCGGCCCGGGGAGGAGGAACCGCUGCUCACUGCCGUUGUCUGUCGCUCUCAGGGUCCCUCCAGCACCGCAGGGAUGGCAAAAGCACUUUGCACCCAGGGAAAAAAUCCGGCCGCGCUCUUGCAGGAAGCGCCGUCUUCGAGCACCGCUGCACCGCAAGUGGCAGGCGGCGCCUGGCCGCCCCCCGCCUCGCCCCCCGCCGGGCUCCCAGCUGGUGCCGCUCGUGGCCCGCGCGAGCCGGACACACGGACGUGGCGCCGAGCUCUGCUGCGGGAGCGGUGCUGGGAGCCGCUGCCUGCUUCGCUCUGGCCCUGCACCGCUUGGACAAGCACGGCUUCCUCGAGGAGCGGGAAGGGGGACUGAGCUUGGGGGUUGGGGGAGACAACACGGGCUUUGACAAGGACUGGCACCUGCUAGCGAACAGCAGCCAGCCGAGCCUGGCUUUGCCCGUCGAACGGGAGCCAGGGCACCUUCCCGGGCAGCUCACUGCUAUCACACGCAGGGGCGGGGGACUAGCUGCCGACUGCCACUCGUCACUGCGCCGCCCCCCCCCCCCCCCAGGCAGGGAGGGUUGCGGACAGGCAAGGGGGAGCGCGCUGGGCCCAGCACCGUGCGGCCAGCAAGCUGGCAGAGCCCCAACAACCACGGCAGGAGGGGAGCCCAGGUUUAGAGACUGUUUUAAUAAUGUGUAUUAACAGCCAAACCUGCCCGAAUUAAAGUUGCCUUUCAUCUA